UUAGAAUGUAUAUGAAAUAUAUGCCUGCAUAUAUAAAAUUAAAUCAUUUUGGCCGUUUAAAAUAUAUGACGAAUAUAAGUAAAGAAGGUAUAUUUCUACUGUACUCAAGAAUAUAUAUACAAAUAUGUAUAUAUGCAAUUUAUAUAACAUAUAUAUUUUAAAAUGUAUGUAAUAUAUUACAUAUACUUUAAAUAUAUUUUUACAUGUAUAUUUUUUCAUGGAGGUUCCCUUACAGAAUCGUACCUAUACAUAUGUAUACUGGGAACAAAAAACUGAAUAAUUAUACUGAAUAAUUAGUUCAAUAAUUGAACAAUUAAAAAUUACUCAUGUACAGUAAUUUACUAGAAAUUAUUUCGCUUACAUUUCUGUAAGGUUUAUUACACAGCUACGCAUAAAAGCUGAACAUAUUUACGAGUUUUACUUUUGAAUUUUUAUGCCGAUUCCUCUUGUAAUAUGUCUAUCUUGACACUGAAAUGGAAUACCUGAGUAAUAUGCAGGGACGUGUAACUAUCUAGUAAAGUAAACUUAUAUUAAUGAAGAGUAAAUCAUAAUACGUGUUACCAUAUGCUUAACAGUAUACACCUCUAACAUUUUUCGAAAAUCGAAACAAUACAUAUACAUAUGUAUUAAUAAGUGAAACAGAACUGAAAAAAUAACUACAAAUUUGCUAAUAAUAAUAAUUAAUGGUCAGAUCUGUUUCUUCAAAGCCAAAUAAUACUAUGUGAAUUUUAAUUUAGUUAUUUCAAACUCAGUAAACUACGCGCCGAUUGCUUGUUGGUCUUAAAACACAGUUCCACAAUUUGACGGAACAGAUAUUUUACAAUACAUGUAUUAAUAAAUAUUGUUUUUUAAUAAAUACGCGCGUUACCUCACAUUUUCUUAGAUAAGUUGAACUUGAUAAUAUGAUGAGGAAAAGUGAGAGAAAUAACUGAAAUCACACAUUAUAAAAAUGUUUUCUGAUAGGAUCACGCUUAACAUUGUUCACGUUCGCAACCGUUCCUGAAUGCGAAAUCAAUUCAUACACGUAUGUUAAAUAGGUUAUGGAAUUACAUCUGUUAUUAUUAUUAUUAUUAUUAUUUGCAAUACAUGGUCCUAUCUUAUAGUCCCUGAGAAUUUUAUUACCCGUCUUUUUCUUACUGAAUGCAAUUCGACUAGAAUUGCAAUUAAAUUAAAUGAAAAAAGUUUCCACUUAUGGCCAUUAGAGAAGUUGUUUACAUGUGAAAACAAAACAUUCGAAUCGAGUGUAAGCCUAAUAAAACAGUAUGUGAGACUUAGCAAGCAUUGGAAAAUACUUAGUGGAUAUCAUGUUAUUGAAGAAAUACGCUAAUAAGUCUUCGUCAAUAAGUUGCGUUGUUGCGAACUAGUCUCAUCGGACAUGCGUCCACAGAUUUCCCCGCAUUUUUCUUAUAAAAUCAUCUAACACGAGGAAAAGAUGUACCAAGCGUGCUUAUCCUCUAUUUCCCUUAUUGCAUUUACGUACGACUUGUGUGCUGCCUUAUAAACUAAAUGACGUGAUUGACUCAUCAUUACUUAACUUUCGAUAUCCCACUACCGCACCAGUCAAAUGCGACUACAACAUGAAAACUAUAGAUAUGUUUUAAACGGUUCCGACAGAAAACUGGUUAGUCUUAUAAACAUACAGUGAAGGUGUAGCAGAGUGGAUCCGAGAUUUAGUAUUCCGAAUAAGUACGUGAAACUAGUCGCCGCAGCAUUGAAGUUCACGUCGAAACAUUAAGAAGAAUAUUUUAGAAUUACAAGAGUGUCUAAAAAAAGUGUAAUAGAAAAUAAUAAGUAUGAAAACAUAACAAAUAAGUAAGGCAUCAAAGACAAGAUAUCAAAGUAUAACUCGGAACGCUUGAAAUACAUUAUAACUAUUGAUAAGAAAAUGCAGUCUGGUAUUUUAAAAUAGCAAAAGAUAAAUAAUAAUUCUGUUAUUAUUAUGACAGUAAAAGAAUUAAAGUGAUUUUUCCAAAAGACAGGUCUUAAAAUUUUUACAUUUGUUAUUUUAUCGCCGGCACAUAUUGCGUAAUAUACAUUCGCUAUUGACUCUAUAUGCAAUAUCUGGCGUUACUACAAUGUCCCAUACUCUAAAAUUUGGAUUUUACCAGUUUUUUAACAGAACUUUACACGAUGGCUAAGAUAUUUAUUUUCAUCGUGAUGCUGCCAUACCUAACGAUUACCAUGGUACAUGGUAGAAUUUCGUGCUCGGAAUAUUUCACAUACACGAUCCAUCCUAAGACAUACAAGAUAUUAGGACGGAUCGAAAUCCUAUCUCCGCCAAAAAAUGGUGAAUUUUAUUUAAGAGUAGCCUUAAAUGCUACCACAGACUUGCUGAACGAAACCUUUCGAUUAGAAUUGGCACGACCGAUAAAAGAAUCCAUUCAAGCUGUUCAACAAAGCAGACAUUUGUUGUAUCAUGUUCAUUUUCCUUCGAGCGAAAAUUUUCCAACAUUAUCCUCAAUAUGGUUUAACAACCAACAAUAUUGUGUAGAGCCUGAAGUGUUAAAUGGAAAUAUCAGAGCUGAUAUCGAGUUAGGGCAUAUUAUGUACUCGCCAAACGAAGAACAAGCAUCACAGAAUUUUCAGCCAUGGCAUCGAAAUGUGACCAGCUACCGUAUAAACAAUCCGAUUUUCAAUAACAACGACGAAUGCGGUAUUACCAGCUACUACUCCGAUAGCACAAACAAUCUUCUCCCCAACGGUGAUAUCGCAUUACCAGGACAAUGGCCGUGGGUGGUUGCAAUCUUCGUGGAAAACAGAGAAGAUAGUUUCAGGGCAAUAUAUAAUUAUAAAUGUGGUGGUACCAUCUUGACAAACAGACACGUAAUAACAGCUGGGCAUUGUGUGAUGAAAGACUCUCAACGUAGCUUACCCCCUAACAUGUUGGAGGUAAUCGUAGGGCACACUGACUUGCGCCGGUUUCGCCGAAAUGGAAUUUCCAAUCCGGAGAUCGCGAGAUAUGUUAUCCAUCCUGACUAUCUACCGACUGGUGUCGACGCCGAUUUGGCUAUUUUGAUCUUGAAGAAACCCGUCGAGUUUAACCCUUUCAUUAAGCCUAUUUGUCUAUGGUCCAGUUCAAUAACUCUUGGUGAUGCCGUCAAUAGCACAGGAUACGUCGUGGGCUGGGGCCCAGAUUCGUUGCGUGGUCGUGCUGUCGGGGAACAACACAUGGCGAGAGUGACAAUAGUGAAUCAGGAGACCUGUCUCCGGAGCGAUCAUUUGUUCAUUCGGCUCCUUUCGAAUCGUAGCUUUUGCGCCACCUCGCUAGAAGCCGGUCCUUGCCACGGUGACAGCGGGAGCGGGUUUGUGCUUCUGAACAAUCUCACAGGUCGUUAUCAGUUGCGCGGUAUCAUUUCGCGAACUAUAUUUCCUAAUAAUGAUAUCAGUUUGCUUUGCGAUCAAAAAACAUUUAUCGUCUACGAAGAUACAGCCAAAUACAUACCCUGGAUUCAACAACAGAUUUCGAUGUAACUGGUCUCUCGUCUCAAAAUGCAAUACAUGCUAGUAAAGAAAUCUUUUGGUGUAAAGUUUAUCCCAAUUCGUAUCAUUUAUGAACAAUUAUGUACAGCACGAGAAUUAAACAGAUACGAAUUUUACUUUUGAACAUUUACUGUCAAUUCUCUUGUUGUAAUGCAUUUAUUUUAACAUUAGGAUAUGUUACUGAUGUAUUAAUAAUCUAUCAGUAACAUAAACCACACUAUAACUAUCUGCUAUAGCAGUUUUAUUAGUAAUUAGAAAUAAAACUAUGAACAAUA